GCCUUUGACAGCAAUGUGCACCGACAGGCUGGACCUCCAGGACUGUUUGGAACAUGGCAGAACCGCUAAGUUUGGUAAAGUAAGGACCAUCACCACAAGAUCUAACUCCAUCAAGCAGGGCAAGGACCAGCACUUCCCUGUCUACAUGAAUGAGAAAGAAGAUAUACUCUGGUGCACUGAAAUGGAGAGGGUUUUUGGCUUCCCCGUCCACUACACGGAUGUGUCCAACAUGAGCCGACUGGCAAGGCAGAGACUCCUGGGCAGAUCUUGGAGUGUCCCUGUUAUCCGCCAUCUGUUUGCACCACUUAAAGAUUACUUCGCCUGCAAUUGAGAUGCCGAAGGAAUUGCUCAGAAGCAGUUUGGUGCUACAACUGUAUGUUGUGACUAGAAAUAAGAGCCUUGAUCCUCAGAUUAUGCUCUGGUAUGAGGCGCAAAGUGUAAAAGAAAUGUUAUGAAAUGUCACCGACACAUUUUCUUUAUUCAGCUCACUUUCUGGGUGUAAAAUCCUAGUUCAAAUUUUCAAUAACGUUUUAUUGUUAU